GAGUCCAUUUAUUUAGAGCAACAGAUGGCUGGCUAAGAUGAAUGUGCUAUUUGAUACAAGAGAAAUUUUUGACGUAUAGGAGAGUUAUUACUCUCCCCCCUCCAUUUUGUUGUUCUCCUCACGCUGCUGAAUUGAAUGGCUGCUAUAAAGAGUUGCGAUGAAUGGAAACCCUUCAUUGCGAUGUUAACAGUUGAUUUUGCCUUCGCCAUUGUGAAUAUUCUUCUUAAGAAUGUCCUUGAUGAUGGUAUUAAUCAUUUGGUCCUUGUCACAUACCGCCUCUCAAUUUCUGCUGCUUUCUUAGGCCCCAUCGGCUACUUCUGGGAAAGGAAUAGCAGACCAAAUCUUACCUUUUGCAUCUUAUGUUACCUCUUCCUGAGUGCAAUUGUCGGGGCAUCACUAACUCAAUUCUUCUUCCUUCUUGGUAUCCAAUACACGUCUGCUACGUUUUCAUGUGCCUUCAUCAACAUGGUGCCUGUGAUCACAUUUAUAAUGGUGUUGCCAUUCGGGAUGGAAAGUGUAAAUAUAAAAUCCAACAGUGGGAGGGCUAAAGUAGUCGGCACUCUGGUGUGUGUUGGAGGCGCCAUGGUGUUGACUCUUUACAGGGGUAUGCCUUUAUUCGCCCAUCCACAAUCACAGACGUCUCAGAUUGUACCUCAAGCCAUGGAACACAGUAUCAAGCUAAGUUAUUCCAAAAGGGCAGAAAGAUGGACGAUUGGCUGUGUUGCUUUGAUUGUAGGAACCCUUUUGUGGUCUUCAUGGUUUCUACUUCAAUCAAAUAUUGGCAAGAGAUACCCCUGCCAAUAUUCCAGCACUGCCAUUAUGUCCUUCUUCGGUGCCAUUCAGUCAGCUAUCUUAUGCUUGGCCACUGAAGGGAACCUUUCUAUCUGGGUUCUCAAGGGAAAAAUAGAAAUCAUAACUGUCCUAUAUGCUGGAAUGGUGGGAUCAGGAAUGUGCUACGUGGGGAUGUCAUGGUGUGUCAAGAAAAGGGGUCCUGUAUUCACCUCAGCAUUCAGUCCCCUCGUUCAAAUAAUGGCUGCCAUGUUUGAUAUCCUUAUCUUGCAUGAGGAACUCCAUCUAGGCAGCUUGCUGGGAUCCAUCAUUGUCAUUAUUGGACUCUACAUUCUGCUAUGGGGUAAGAACAAAGAGAUGCAGAAUCAUGCAACAAAAGUUUCUCAAGAAGCUGAAGUGAUCAAAGAACAAGAACCUCAGUUACAAGUGAUUGCUGUCUCCUGUGACUCCAGGUGUCCUUGAUUAUAGAAUAAGUUUGAUGAUGUUUCCUGUUCGUUCUAAAACGAACUUUUCUGCUUAACUCGUAGCUUAUGAAUAAAAUUUGGUUGCCAUACUUUAUGAUCAAUUAGAUGCUGCAGAUGGAAACUCAAUGUGACAAGAAAAUUAAUGCAAGGACAUUCAGAUUUCAGCUUCAGGCAUCGUAAUGCUUGAAAAUCA